AUGUUGGGAUUGCACACAAACAAGAUACGAUCCCUUCUAUUAUCAACAACAUCAAAGUCAUUAUUGAAUUGCUCAAAGUACACGACAACAACAUCGACUGCUCCUCAUUUUACGACAGAUGGUAGUUGCGACAACAAUCAAGAACAACAACAAAUCAAUAUAUUCACAGGAAGACAAGAUAGAAGUACACCAUUUAAAGUAAAAAAAGAUCGAUUCUUUGAUUCACCUUUUCAAAACAAAUCAACAAACAACUCUGAGGAAGCCGAACGAUGGAGAAAGUAUCAAGACGAGAGAAAGACAUCGUUUUUGGAUCAAUGUAAUCAAUUUUAUCAAGAUAAUAAGCAGACCGUAGAGACUAGUUCAGGUCCAUUCUCUUUCAAGGCAAAGACACCUGUUAAUAUGUUGUUUGCCUACGUUGGAACGGGAUACCAUGGACUAGAGUUUCAUAUGACCGAUCAAGACUACCCAACACUCGAAAAUUGUUUAGAGAGAGCUCUCUUUCUCAGUGGUAUGAUCCUUCCUACCAACUUUGGUGAUCCUUCGAGAUUGAAUUGGAGAAGAUCAAGUCGAACCGACAAGGGUGUGCAUUCAAUGAGCACCAUCAUCAAAGCAAAUUUAGAGAUUGACAGAUCGCGCAUGCUCACACCCGAAAAGAUAGCAGACUAUGUAGCAUUGAUCAACUCGAAUCUUCCAGAUGCCUUGCGAAUCAUAUCGAUGGAAAUGACAAAGAAAUCAUUUGAUCCAAGACGACAAGGUAUUGCACGAACAUACCAUUACGUACUACCAAAAAAGUAUCUUGGUGAUAGAUACACAUUAGAUGAAAUCAAUCAAAUCAUAUUACCAAUGUUUAUUGGUAACUUUUCUUAUCAUAAUUUUACAUUAAAAAGAAGAACUUAUAUUAGACCAAAUGAAACAACUGAAGAUAAUAAUAAUAAUAAUAAUACAAAAGAAUUGGAGGAGGAGGGAGAAGAAGAAGAAAUAGAAGAAGAAGAAGAAAUAGAUAAUAAUAAUAAUAAUCAACAACAACAACUUAAUCAAAAACAAUUUAUUACAAAUGAUAAAUAUUAUCCAAAAGAUAGAAAUGCAGAGAUGUCAUUAUUUAGAAGGAAUUCAAGAAAUGUUAGAAGAGUUAUAUCAUUUAAAUUAGAGGAAACAUUUCAAGAGUCUGGUCAGGAAUGGGUCAAGUUUGUCAUUGAAGGAGAGUCUUUUAUACAAUACCAAAUUAGAAAGAUGAUGGGUUUUGUAUUGGCCAUUACCAAUGGCAAGACGGAUCUAAAGACAUUAGAGUUGGCUCUUCAUUCUCCAUUUUCAAUACAUGCACCUAUAGCUCCACCCAACCCACUCUAUCUCUUUGAUUGCGCAUUUAAACAAAAGAGAACCGCCGAAAAUUCUCCAUUAUUCCAUCCAUUCCAACUCACCAACAACCGCGUCAACCAAUUCAAAAAGGAUUUUUGUUCCAAUACCCUUUACCCUCAUCUCAAACAACUCAACGACACGCAGCAAUUCUUUGAAACCUUUAUGGAUCAGGAAUUACCAAUUCACAAGUUUGGUGUUGAAAAGGAGGACCUAGACAAUCUUUUCAACAUGUAUAUAGAAUUUAAAGAGGCUGAUUUAUUAAGAAGAUCAAAACAAGAAAAAGAAAGAGAAGAAAUAAAAUUGGAAAAAGAAAAAGAAAAAGAAAUGGAAAUGGAAAUAAAAGAAAAUUAA